AUGCAGACCUGUUGGUAGUUUCAGACUCGUACUGUAAACGGAAUUUAUUGACUGGACUCAUUUCUGGAGCUUGCUCCAUCAUUGCUAGAGGAUAUCACAUCAUUCGGAGAUCCUUUCUGAAUUGGAAUCUUGUAUGACAAGAAGUCAAGUUUGAACUUUAUAUACCGGUACAGUAUAAUGCAGAGUUUUCAGGGAUAAUACAUUGUACCUUGGAGGAUUGACUGUACUUAGGGCUUGAUGUUGAUAAUACGUACACGUACUCUAACAUCUCUUAAAAACCACUACAAGUGCAACAUUGUAAACUUCAUUUUUGCGUACUGUUUCACUGGUCAGCUUUUUUGAAAGUUAAAAGCUCUUGCUUUGUGUUUGGAUGUGGUUUACACGUAACUGUAUGAAACUUUUGAAAACCUCACCAUUUUGAAUGUAAACAAGGGUAACAGUAAAACAAGCAUAGAAUCAUACAUUACUUUGGAAGUCUUAUUUGACUACAAGAUCAACAGUGUGAAACAUUUGUGUGUUUAUGAGAGUUUACGUCUGAUCACAAAAAGAUUGAAAAACAGCACUGUGUGAACUGUAAAAACCACUGAGCUCUCUAUCUUAGGGGAGUCAUUCUAAAGAUUUUUGAAGCAGAUCCAACAUUCUGCAACCAUCAUGACCUUGAUGCGUCGCAACAACAACAAAAAGUCGGCGAACUCGCCCGCGAAUGGCAAGUCCAAGACAACUUCAUCACCAAACAGCGGUCCGCCCGAAUCGAAGGAGCAGCCACGUUACAUCGACGAGUCGGUGCAGAAGUUCUUCACGGUAGAGGAAGGGUAUGGAUCGAGCGAUGAUUGUGAGUUGACGGAGGAUUACAAGUCGCCAUUAGCGGGAGCUCCAAGUUACCAUUCGUAUCUGAGUAUUGUACCAGAUGAUGACGAGGAUUAUAUCCCAGAUGAAGGCAGUGGUUACUCUGAACCAGAAGAGCCCCUUUCCUCGCCAGACUCUACGCCAUUGUAUGAUAACACACCAGCCAGCACACCAAGCGACUUACCCAGCCCGGGGGUAGAGGUUGAACAGGAUGAAGAAGAGAGGGAACGACUCCGCGCUGAGCUGGCUGAGAUUGAGAGUGACAUCCUAACCUUGAGGCAAACGCUGCGAGCCAAGGAAGGCCAUGCCAAAGAAAUCAAACGGAAGCUUGGCGUUACACCCAUGAACCAAAUGAAAGAAGAACUCAAACACAGCUGGCAGAAUUUCCAACAGUCCAAUGCAUAUGUCAACACAAGUACAAAACUAGCAGAAUGGAAUGAUAAAGUUGUUACAUCAGAAACGUACAGCAAGACGAAGAGUGGGCUAGCCACAGCGGGUCAGAAGACCACGUCAGCGUUCAACACCUUCGGCACGGCCGUCUCCAAGAAGCUUGGCGACAUGAGAGAUUCAAACACCUUCAAGUCUUUUGAGGAGAAGAUGUCAUCGGCAUCAACCACCAUUAAGACAAAGGUCGUCGGAGGAAAGACACAAGAGUCCAGUUUUGAGGAAGUACUCCAGAGCACGGCAAGCGCUGAGCAAGAGAAUGACUCAAACGUUAACAUAGCACUCAUCCCAGAAGACCAAGAAAAGAUUCCAUUGUAGAUUUCAUUUUCUCUUCAUUUAGCUGUUUGUUUGUUCUUUCUUUUCUUUUGAGCUGGCUGUAUCUGUAUCGUUCUCCUCCUGGCCCUUCAUCCCACCUUCCUCUCUUUUCUUACUCCAGCUUCUCUAUUUGUCUCAUCGGGUCAUCCCACUUCACUGAUUACCAUUUUUCAUCUCCAACUUUGUGUCUCAUUUCCUCCUUUUUUUCAUCCUUUAAAGGGUCUGUACAUGUAUAUGUUUGGUUAUGAAUCUGAAAAUUAAUGUUAAUAUAUAACCUUACGUGGUAAGAAGUAUAAUGCCUUUUGAGAAACAUUUCACUUCAAAGUAUUAAAAAAAUAUUUGAUUUUUAUCCCCUAAAAUUUGAAUAUAAGAAAGCGUUACCGGUAUCGCUUUUGAGAUUAUUGUAUACCUAUGAGGGAUUAUUCUUCCUGCAUGGAUAUAUUCACUCCGGAUUUUCGGCGAUAUCUCAACCACAUUUAGGAUUGAAAUAGUCAAAGGGUUCCAAAAACCCAAAUGUGUACAGACCCUUUAAAAUAUUAUUUUGUCCUUUUUUUCAGCUCAUAUUUGACUCCAUUACUUUCUUGUUUCUUCUAUUGUCUUCAUCUGCUUCUGUUCUCAUCUCAUACUAUUCUCUCUAUUUAACACUUUCCCUACUGCUGUAGAUAAGAUCAGUUGACUGGGUCCUAUGGAGCUCAACAACCAUGGAUGAUUUUUGGGGAACUCAAAUCCACGGAACUGGAAAACUCAACUGACUUGACUUCAGUCAUUAUCUUCUGCUCUUCCCAUCAUCUCCAUUUGUCUUGCAUUGCCUCCUCUUUCUUGAUCAUCCUCAUUUAUUUCAUGUUCUUCAUCUUAACACUCAUCAGCCAUUACGGGAAAGCUCCCUUUAAGAAUUUCAGAGUUAUUCGAAAGCUCAGAAAGUAUACAUCCUUUUCACAGCACCCUAAAGCCUGGUUUAUACUUCUUGUGAAUGCAAACGCAAAGCGAAUUUGACCUCCCAUCUCUGUUUUCGCAGCAAAUUUUUCGCAAAAGUUGAGCACAGCUCAACUGUUGCGAAUUAUUCAAUGCGAAUUUGUGACGUCAACAUUUGCAUCCGCCUUCGCAGGAAGUAUGAACCGGGCUUUAUUUUGUAUGUAAUCCAACUCAUCCAUCUCCUGCCACCUGCUCUUACCUGAAUUUUGUUAACUUUUUAUUUACACCAAAGCAACCUUGGGGCCAGGCAUGCGAUGUUCUUAGCUGUGCUUGUCAAUUUACACAUAAUGCUUUUAGAUUUUGAUGGAUUUGUGAAGGUUUGUUGCCCAAGGGAUUCAAUUUUUGUUUGGUUCCUUUCCCUAUUUCAUGUAUUUCUUCUGAUGAGUUAGCCUGUAUACAUGUAUAUGUACAGUCAUCUCGAUAUAUACAUGAAAUGACGCGUUGAUGGGCUUGGAUGGUGUCUGCUUACAACAGUAAAUUUAUAAAGUUGUCUUUUCUUGUGACGGAUUUAAGAAGAGUACCACAGAAACAGUAUAUAUAUUUUAAUAAAGUGAAGAAGUUUAUGAAAUUGGCCAUCUAUCCCCUCUAUGAAAAUAUGUAUGAAUUUAUAAGAAGAAAAUAAUGUACUUGUUGAUGUACAUUAUAUAAUAGAUGUUAAAUUUGCAUUGGGGAUAAAGAGUAUUAAUUUUGGUUUCUACCCAUACACCUAUGUGUGU